AUGAUGGUAAUGGUGGUAGUGGAGUAUGUCGCAACCGCGCGAUAUCAAUUUGAUCAACAUGCUUCGAUCAUCGAAUAUGGGUUUUCAAAUGACAUCUGGAAGGCAGCCAAGCCAUAUCUCAAGGACUCCAUGAAGAAAAACCAAAUCAGCGUCUCUAGUCUGUCGAGCUGGGGAAUGGCUCACGGAGAUGACUACUGGAUGUGGCAGUGCUCUUCCUUUGGAGGGCAUUAUAGUGGAUAUGGAUGCUAUGCCGAUCCAAGGGAGAAUUAUUUGAGAUUGUCUAGUCUAAGGGAAGCUAAAGCCUCGUUAUUGUGCUGA